AUGAUACUGGAAGACAAGUUCCUUCAGCAGAAUAUGGUUGGUAAAAUGGUACAAUGCCAGUUUGCAGUCCCGCUCCUGCUGCCAAACAUUGAAACAAGAGAGCUAACCAUGAUGCUGAAAAAGUCGAAAAAGGUGUCUCUAGAAAAUCUGGCUGAAAGAGAUCCGUGUUGUGACAUCCUCGUCAAUGAAGACAGUGAUGAAUGCCGAAGUGCUCUGAAGAAUGCCAGAAAAAUGACUGCACGUAUUGAUAAAAUAUCUGAGUUCAAAGACGAAGAAUUACCAACUCAAGGAAACAUCUGGAAAGCAAUUUCAUGGGUGCAAACAAAGCACUGGAGACUGCGAAAAGUUGGCAAAAUAAAAACUGAGGAAUACCGUAAGUACCUGGAAAGAGAAGAAAAAGACUUCAACAAGAAGCAGCAAAGGUUUGAGAUGACAAAAACAAUGUCAAACUUCCUCAACGGGUUGAGUGCUUCUGAAGUUCACUGCUCCUAUUUCCUGAAAUGGUUGGAAAUGGCACUAGAAGAUCUGUCCCGGCACCAGCUGAGAAAGAUGGAACCGCUCCCCAUGUUUGCUGCUCAGAUGUUGCUAGAUGGUGUCCCUCUUGAGUUUGUUGAUGGAGAUGCAGCAAACAUUCCCUUGAAAUGGAUCAAUGCUGUUCUUUCUGAGCUUCACUUCCUUAUACAAUCCAACAGUAAGGUCAAAGUCAUUUCAGUGAUCAGAGUAGAAAAUUCAGGAAAGUCAACUCUCCUCAACACCAUGUUUGGGACCAGGUUUGCUGUCAACAAAGGAAUGUGCACUAUGGGAGCUUUCAUGCAGAUGAUCACUGUCAGCAAACAUGUAAAGAGCAAGAUAGGCUGUGACUGCAUCAUGGUCAUCGACACUGAAGGCCCACAAGAUGGUCCAGGACGAUCAUAG